AUGAAGUUCGCAGAGAAGCUGAAACACCUGAAGGUGAAGUCGUGGGAAGACAAGUACAUCGAUUAUAAGUUUUUAAAAAAAAUUAUUAAAAGGAAACGAAAUGCAGAGAUCUGUAGCUUAUACGAACGGAUAGAAAAAAACAACAAGGACGUGUUGGAGGUCUGCAACUUGUUAACGUCCGAAGAUGGGGGUGAAAACGGAAGAGAAAAAAAAGGGAGAAGAGAUGAGGACGUGGAGCUCUUAGACAUCGAUUACACGUACCUAUUCUUUUCCGUGCUGCAAAAUUAUAUUAACAUGGUCAGGGAGCACUACGAACAGGAAUUUAACUACCUGGAUGAUAAGGUGAACGAGAUUAGGUCGUUCCUCAUGAGCGAUAAGAUUAACUUGAAGGACAUGGACGUCAUGAAGACCAAGUGCCUGCACAUCUAUAACCUGUUUGACAUCCUCAAUAACUACCUGAACAUUAACGUUCUCUCCGUGUAUAAAAUUUUGAAGAAGAAAAACAAAAAGGAGAAGCUCUCCACGUCGCUCGACUUGUACCAGAAGUACUGCAACACGUUGCACCAGAUAAGCCGCGAGGAGCAGUUCAACGAGAAAAUAAAGUCGACCUACCUGUCCAUCCAGAAGAAGCGGGGAGACAACUGCGAGAAGCUGGAUUUCCUGAACUUCAAAAUUUACCUGAAGAACAAAAUCGAGAGCAUCGGGCAGUACAGGGGCAUCCUCUACACCCUCUGCGGCAUCCUGAUCAUCCUCGUCAUCAACACCAUCAUCUUGCUGUACCUCAAUAAGAAUAACAUAAAUGUGAAUACCAUUUUGUCUGUCCUUCCGAUCUACCGGCUGCUGUACAUUUUGAACUUCUUCUUCCUCUUCAUUUUCGGCUCCUUCCUGUUUAUGCAGCUCUACGGCGUCAACUUUACGUACAUCCUCGACCUGAACAAGAUCAUCGUGGACGAAUACUACUACCUCAUCAACGUGGUGAUCUUCCUGCUCUUCCUCACGACGCUCUCGCUGCUGGUGUUCCUCCUGGACGUCCUCUUCAAGCUGAACAUCUUCUCGAACAUUAUUUUCCACGUCGUCAUCCUCUUCAUCCUCCUCUUCUGCACGACCAUCUUCCCGGUCAAUUUUUACAAGUACAAGGAGACCAACUUUGUUUUCUCCUCCCUUCUGCGGGUUCUCUCCAGCGGGAUUUUCCUCGUCAACAGCGUCAACCUGCUGGACAACAUCAUCGGGGACAUCCUGACGAGCCUGUCGAAGACCUUCUCGGACGUUCAGUACUUCGUCUGCUUCCUUCUAAACGGGAUGAACACAAGUGCGCCUGCCAAGUGUCCAAUCCUGGAAGGCUACGUCAACCCCGUCUUCGUGGGGCUCCCCUUUUACUUCCGCUUCUGCCAAUGCCUAAUCAGAUACAACAACGAGAGAGAAAAGAUCCACAUCUUCAACAUGCUCAAGUAUCUGUCCGGAAUAGCCAUCGUGAUCUGCACGUCCUUCAACUGGGCCUACCUGGGCUUGGACGCGAACACGAGCAGAAUCAUCCUCAUCUGCGCCUACGUCGUGGGGUCCACGUACAUGUAUUUUUGGGACCUGUACUGUGAUUGGGGGCUCCUGAAGGAGUAUAAUUAUUUGUUAAGGAAAAACAACAACCUGAUGUACCCCCCGCAUUACUACUACUUCGCCGGAUUGCUAAAUUUGGUCUUCAGGCUGACGUGGGCCAUCACCCUCAUGCCGAUCACCAUCUUCCAGAAUAAGGAAAUAAACGCCUUCCUAAUUACCUUCGUUUUGAUGUUCAUCGAAGUCCUCAGGCGAUCCAUAUGGAUUUGCUUCCGCCUGGAGAACGAGCAUGUGACCAACGCGUCCAGAUACAGAUCCAUUCUAUGGGUGCCAAAAAUGACGAAGAAGAAGAAGUUCUGA